GCAACCAACACGACACAAUGCUGCGAGUGAGCAGCGCAGCUUCCCGCGCUUUGCUGGCUCGACAGCUCAGCGCUGGAGCUGUGACAGCAUCAGCAUCGCAAUUGCGAUUUGCUUCUGACGGCAGACGGCCGCCGCCAAGCGGAGCUGGCUCAUUGGGCGAGCGAAGAGAAAAUGACGGAGGACCGCCCAGACGCCACCAACAGCAGGCGUCAGGCUCGUCAAGUCAAUGGCAAGAUGGACGAGGCAAUGCGCAUCCAACACAAGAUCGACCGCCGCGACAAGAUCGACCACCGCGAGCUGAUGGUGCCAGCAGCAGCAUGCGCCCACGGGAGGAUCGCCCACAUCAAGCUGGUGGAGGCGGACCCGCAGCUGGCUUCAAGUCACCCCCCAAGCCUCCAGCGGGCAGCUCAAGCGGCAAGUCCGAUCCGAGGCGCAGUCGUCGCAUCCCUCAAGCCAAAGAUUGGUCGCGGGCUCGCGAUCCUGAUAGGGAUGACGUGCAAGGAAAGGCGCAGCAUCGCAAGGACAAGGCACGGCCGGACGGCUCCUCUUUCAAGCCGAAGCCUAAAUCCCAACCUGCCCCGCCACCGAAGCGUAAGCAACCGCCACGUCAAGUCUUCCUUCCACCCAUCAUCUCCCUCUCGAAUCUCUCCCGCCUCCUCGGCAUCAAGUUGCGCACACUUCAAUCAACCAUGUCUACCCAACUCUCCAUGCGCGAUACGCGAGCAGACGCCCUGUUGUCGUUCGAUGAUGCUUCGCUCCUGUGUGCCGAGCUCAAUCUCGAUGCGGUGGACAAUGCGGAGGCUGCGUUCGACAUCUAUCCCGCUGCUGCGCUGGGCGAGGAGGAGAGGGGAAAAGCCCCGUUCAGGCCGCCGGUGAUUACGGUCAUGGGUCAUGUGGAUCACGGAAAGACGAGUCUGCUCGAUAGGCUGAGGAGCGCCUCUGUUGCGGCGGGAGAAGCAGGCGGGAUCACGCAGCAUAUCGGAGCUUUCUCAGUGCCGGUCAAGGCGGCAGAGGGGAAUGCCGUGGACAAGAUCACCUUCCUCGACACCCCUGGCCACGCCGCGUUCAGCAACAUGAGGGCCAGAGGGGCCAAGGCAACGGACAUUGUUGUGCUAGUAGUCGCGGCGGAUGACGGCGUGAUGACGCAGACGAAGGAGGUCAUUGAGCUAUACAAGCAGCUCGAGGCCGAGGCGGCUGAGGCUGCUGCGAGCACCGGCGCAGAGCCCGCUGCGUCAUCGUCGACCCGCAAGCGUCGCGCCAAUAUCCAGCUCAUUGUGGCACUCAGCAAGAUCGACCGAGCAGAAGCUGACUCUCAGCGCGCACUCGAGCAGCUUGGUGCUCAGGGCAUCUUCGUCGAGGCCAUGGGCGGGGACGUGCCGUGUGUGGAGAUCUCAUCCAAGACGGGACAAGGCUUCCAAGAGCUCGAGGAAACGCUCGCAGCAAUGGCUGAGCUGGCCGACCUGCGCGCCCCGACUGAGGGGCUGCCAGAGGGUACUGUGCUCGAAAGUCGCACAGAGAAAGGGCGAGGCAACACGGCUACUGUUCUCGUCUCUCGCGGCAAGCUCACGCCGGGUUGCCUGCUCAUCUGCGGCCAAACGUGGUGCAAGGUGCGUCAAAUGGUCGACUCAAACAAUGCCUCCGUCCGCGAAGCCAAGCCAGGAGAAGCAGUAUUGGUCACCGGCUGGAAGGAGUUGCCCUCGGCAGGCGACGAGGUGCUCAGCGCACGCAAGGAGGACGAGGUGAAGCGUGCGCUGGACAACCGCAAGCGCGAUGCAGAGGGGAAGAGGAUGAUCAAAGAGGCCGAAGCGGUCAACGAGCAGCGCAGAAUCAAGAGCGAGGAGGUCACACGCGAGCAACAGCGUGAAUUCGUGGAGCGCGAGAAGCAGAGGGUGUAUCGCCUGGCGUUGAGCGAGGGAAAGAGCGUGGAGCAGGCCGAGCAGGUGGCUGCUACUCACAUCGCACGAGAGCACGGCGACGCGGCGGCGGCGGGAGCAGAAGGCGACGGAGAGGCUCAUCCAUCGUCGACAAAGGAGCUGCGCCUCAUCAUCAAGUCUGACUUCUCCGGCACAGGCGAAGCCCUCGUAGGCGCUCUGAGCGGCAUCACCACUUCCCACGAUGCGGCACUUCGUGUCAUCCACUCCUCCGUAGGCGACGUCAGCGACUCAGACCUUUCCCUCGCCCGUACAGCCUCGGCUCACAUCCUCGCCUUCAACGUCGGCUCGGGAUCCCGUUCUCUUCAGCAGCAGGCGGCACACCACAAUGUGCCCAUCUUCUCCAGCUCGAUCAUCUACGAAGUCAUCGAGUAUGCGCGCAAGAGUCUUGCGAGCUUGCUGCCGCCCAUCGUCGAGGCGAGAGUUGUGGGUGAAGCGACGAUUGCUCAGACCUUCCAAAUCAACGCCAAGGGAGCGGGAAGUCUAGCAGCCGUUGCAGGAUGUCGAGUUACAAACGGCGUCGUGGAGCGUAAUCGCCUCGUGCGGAUUCUGCGUACUCGCGGCCACAAUACGGCGGAUGACGAUGAGCAGGACGAUGCAGACACCGGGGGGCGCAAGGUCGUUUGGCAGGGCAAGAUGGACUCGCUGCGUCACGUCAAGAAGGAGGUGAGCGAGAUGCGCAAGGGUACCGAGUGCGGGAUGGCGUUUGAGGGAGGGUUUGCGGGCUUCAAGGAGGGGGACGUUGUGCAGAGUAUCGAGUUGGUGGAGAAGCAGAGACCCUUGUGAGGCGUGUACGAGGCGCGAGGCGCAUGAACUCUUGACCUCCCUUCACUGCUCAAGACGUGAUAAUUUGUACAAUGCAGAUGCCUCCUGCCAGAG